AUGGAAAUUCAUUGUCCAUCCGUAACAUUAUCACCUGCACAUUCAGGCGAAUUGUGCUUUCAUCAGGAAGGAUUUUCAAAUAAUAGUAAAAUAUGGAAAGAAAAAUAUGAACAGACAAGGGAAUUAUUGAGAAGUUACAAUUUAUUUUCUGAACAUUUAAUAAAUUAUAGCAUUGAUUUUUAUUUUAACAAGCUAGGAUUUAAUAGAUUUCAUUUUGAAGAAACAAGUCCUGAAUUAAUAAGUAAAGUUGUUGUGUGUAUAAUAACGUCAAAAAUUAAUGAACAAUAUUCUAGUGAUAAAUAUUUUCCUACAUUUGAAGAAACACAUAAUAAUGUUAUUUUUAUUAUGACCCGUGUAUUUGCUAAUGACAAUAAAACGAGAUUAAAUUAUAAAAUGGAAAAAAAAAUCGAAGAAAAAUAUUUUAAUUUUCGUGAUAUGUCAAAAGAAUGUUAUAGGUUAAAAAGUUUUAGAUCAGUUCAUUCUGUUUUUGAUAAAGAACAUACAUAUGAAGAGCCAUUAAGAACAUAUAUUUUAGAGCCUCCAACAUAUAAAGAUGAUAUAAUAAAUGAAAAUGAAACAGAUUUAGAAAAGUUAAUGGAUGUUAAUUUUUAUAAAUAUGUAAAAGGAACAGAAUGGGAACAUAUUUAUUAUGACUUGAAUAAAACAGUAACUCAGGAUUUAACAGGUCAAUAUUUACAAACACAUUAUUGUGAAAUAUCUGAAAAUACUUUCUCUUUAACUAUAGCAGUAAAAAGAAGUAAUGUCAUACCUACGAUAUUUUCUUUAAUUGGUGAUUGUUUAAAUAUGCAUAAAUGUUUUUCAUAUUCAAAAUAUGUUGAACCAUUAAAAAAUGGUGUUUUGUUGAUUAUAUUAAAUGUGAAUGCAGUUUUAAAUAAAGAAAAAGAGAAAAUGGGUUCUUUAGCAUUAAGGGAUAGAAUAUAUAAAAUUGUUAAAUCGUUGAAAACAUUAUGCUUAUUCAAUGACCCAAGAUUUAUUCAACUGUCUGUAAAAAGAAUAUUUACUGCUGAAGAAUCUGCAUAUUUAUUUAUGGUUAUUAAGUUUAUUGCAUUUUUUUCAACUAAUUCAUUUUCGAGUUAUAAGAAUGUUGAGAAUGCAUUAAAUCUCAAAGGAAAUGGAUCUAGCCAUUUAGGAAGUGGAAUAAUGAAUGAUUUUUAUAUAAUAAAAGAAAAAUUAAAAAGUUCUAAAUAUACAAAAGAUGAAAUAUUAAACUGUGCAAUUAAUAAUCCAAAAACAAUAAAAUUGCUGUUCCGUAAUUUUGAAAGAAAGUUAAAUAAAAAUUAUAAAUCAAAUGUACAACAAAGAUAUUUUAGUAAUGGUACAAAUAAUGAAACUUUAAAUUUAGAUGAGUAUAGAGAUAGUAAAGAUAUAAUAGGUGAAAUUGAAGAUAACCAUUAUAAAAAUAUUUUACAAUAUUUUUAUAUGUUUGAAAAAUAUGCAGUAAAAACUAAUUUUUUUCUUUCACAUAAAAUUAGUUUUGCUAUAUCAUUUGAUGGAGCCUUAUUAAAAGAUUCAAUAUAUGAUGCACAACCAUAUUCUAUAAUUAUGAUAUUAGGAUUACAUUUUGUUGGAUUUCAUAUUCGUUUUACUGCAAUUUCAAGAGGAGGUAUAAGAAUAGUUAUAUCAAAUAAUACUAAUUCAUAUAUGCAUAAUUACAACAAUUUAUUUGAUGAAGCAUAUAAUUUAUCUUAUACUCAAAACUUUAAAAAUAAAGAUAUACCAGAAGGUGGUAGUAAAGGAAUUAUACUUUUAGAUAUAGAUGUAUGUAAAACAAAACAUACAAGACAUAUUAAGAAUCUAGCAUUUUAUUCUUAUGUUAAUUCGAUUUUAGAUUUACUUGUUGAGUCACCCUAUAAAAUUAAAAGUGCAAAUUCGGUUGGAACGAAAUCCUCUAUAAUUGAUGAUGAUUUUAUUAAUAAUAGUACAAGGGAAGAUAUAAUCACUUCAAAUAUAUCUCAAUAUAACCAGUUGAAUCUUACGCCUAGUAAUGUAUGUUCAGUCGUGAAUAGUAACUCGAAUAUUAGUAACGGCAACAUUAAUAAAAGAGAAGAUGCAAAAAGUGAAAAUGGAAUUUUAAAUUCAGAAGGUCAAUCAAAAAUAGAAUUUUCAUUUGCUAAUAGAACUACAGAAGAUGUUGUAAAUAAAAUAAUGAAAUCAAAAAGUGAAACGAAUAUAGAUGGUGGAAAUGGAAAUUCGAUAUUCUUAAAACAAAUAGAAAGAGAUUUAUAUGAGAAGGAUGUUAAAAAUAUGCAAAAUGUAAAUCAAGAAGAUUUAAUAUUUUUAGGUCCUGAUGAAAAUACAGGAUCAGAUCAAUUAAUGGAUUGGGCAUGUAUAAUGGCAAAAAAACGAAAUUAUUUUUAUUGGAAAACAUUUUCAACUGGUAAGCUUCGAAAAAAUGGAGGUGUCCCACAUGACUACUAUGGAAUGACAACAUUAGGUAUAGAAACUUAUAUUAAAAAAUUAUGUGAAAAAUUAAAUAUAAAAGAAGAAAGUAUUAGUAGAUCUAUAGUUGGUGGGCCUGAUGGAGAUUUAGGAAGUAAUGCUAUACUUCAAUCUAAAACAAAAAUAAUUUCUAUUAUUGAUGGAUCUGGUGUAUUAUAUGAUAAAAAUGGAUUAAAUAAAGAAGAGCUAACUAGAUUGGCAAAAUUAAGAUCUACUAAAACAAAUACAUCUUGUAUAUUAUAUAAUGAAAAGUAUUUAUCUGAAUCAGGAUUUAAAAUUUCUAUUGAAGAUCAUAAUGUACAAGUUUUUGAUAAAGUAAUUAAAAGUGGAUUAGAUUGUCGUAAUACAUUUUUUCUGAACCCUUUAAAUUCUUGUGAAUUAUUUAAUCCUUGUGGUGGUAGACCUCAUUCGAUAAAUAUUUUUAAUGUUAAUAAUAUUAUAAUAAAUGGAGAAUGUAUAUAUAAAUAUAUUGUUGAAGGUGCUAAUGUAUUUAUUUCAGACGAAGCACGCUCAAUUUUAGAAAGUAAAAAUGUUAUAUUAUUUAAAGAUGCAUCAACAAAUAAAGGUGGUGUUAUUUCAAGUAGUUUAGAGGUAUUAGUAGGACUUGCAUUAGAUGAUAAACAGUUUAUUGAUUUAAUGUGUUCAGCAGGUAAUGAUUUACUUUUAGAGGACAAGGAUCAAAUAAAAAUAUGUUCAUCACAGGAUAUUAAGACUACUAAUGAAUUGGAAAACAAACCAGAAGAUAAUACCAACAAUAAUAAUGGAAAUAAAAAAGAUGGUGAUGAUGAGGUUUCUGAAUUUUACAAAGAAUAUGUUAAAGAAAUUUAUAAAAAAAUUGUUUAUUAUUGUGAACAAGAAUUUGAAUGUCUUUGGAAAGAAACUAGACGAACUAAAACCCCAAUAUCUCAAGCCACUAAUAUAUUAUCAAAAAAAAUUAGUGAAUUAAAAAGAGAUAUCCUUGCAUCAGAUGCAUUAUGUAAAGAUUACAAAUUAUUUAAGCGUGUACUUAGUGAAGUAAUACCUACAACUAUUUUAAAGAUUGUACCAUUUGAUCAAAUUCUUAAAAGAGUCCCCUAUAUUUAUUUAAAAUCUUUAUUUGCUUCAGCUCUUGCUUCUAACUAUUAUUAUUCUCAACAAUUCCUCAACGAUCUGUCCGCUUUCAACUUUUUUGAAUACGUUCGAAAUUUGCAAAACCUUUGUGAUGAAUAG